UUUCAUCCCCGGCCCAAACCAUGUUCUGCUCGUUUUAGCCCCUAUCCCGCCCGAAAAAAUUAGGGUUUCACUUUUUGUCGUAGAAUCAGUUCGAAUUCAAGAAUUUUGCCUGCCCCAGGACACUUUUUCUCUCGCAAUGGCGAAGAAACGAAAACAAAAAUCAAAUCCUGACAACUCUUCGAAUUCAGAUUCUUCGAGCGUUUUCAAAACGCUGUUCGGUGAAGCCAUUGAAGAGAAUGCCCCAACUUUUUCUCUUUUCUCGGAGAAUAAUCCAUUCAGAAGAAAACCCGAAGAAAGUAAAAUCCAGAAACCGCAAGAUGAAUUGGGUUUAGGGUCUCGAGAAAAAGACACUGAAAAGGAGGGUACAGUGGGGAAUUUGGAUUGUUCUGAGCUGACGGAGAAGAAGCGAAAAAAGAAAGAUAAAGAGAAGAAAGACAGUUUGGACUUUGAUUUGGAAUUGUCAGGGGACAGCACGAAAUUGAAGAAAGAUCAUUCUAAAGGAAGAAAAAACUAUGACAUUAGUAACUCAGUAGAAAAUGGGACUAGUGAUGAUCUGGAUGUGAAAAAGAAGAGAAAUUCAGGUUUGGACUCCAAGGGAAAUCACGUAGAUGUAAAUGCCUAUAUGAUGGACUAUGGGAAAGAUGGAGGUUCAGGUAUUGGAAAUGAAAAUAAGAAGAAGAAACGGAAGAGGGAUGAGUUGGAAUUGGAGUAUGAGGCUAGGCGAUAUGGGGAGGCAGAUGAGAAGGAGAAGGAGAAUAAUGUGGUAGGAGAGAAGAGAAAAAAAAGGGACAAUCCUGAGGAUAUGAUGGUAUCAAAGGAAGGUUUUGAUGAUGAAAAUAAGCUUUUAAGGACUGUUUUUGUUGGCAAUUUGCCAUUGAAGAUAAAGAAAAAGGCACUCCUCAAGGAGUUUGCUAAGUUUGGCGAAGUCGAGUCUGUGAGGAUUCGGUCUGUUCCAAUAAUUGAUAGCAAAGUACCGAGGAAGGGUGCUGUAAUCAAGAAGCAAAUAAAUGAAAAUGCAGACAGUGUUCAUGCUUACGUUGUUUUUAAAACGGAGGACUGUGCUCAAGCAUCAUUGGCCCAUAAUAUGGCUGUUGUUGGGGGAAACCAUAUUCGUGUUGACAGGGCAUGCCCGCCACGGAAGAAACUGAAAGGUGAUAGUUCUCCCCUGUUUGAUAAUAAGAGGACUGUUUUUGUAGGUAACCUCCCGUUUGAUGUGAAGGUUAGUUUCUGUUGGCAAAUGCAGGAUGCUGCUAACUCAGUUGUUAAAAAACAUAAAUUGAAGCUUCGGGACCGUGAACUGAGACUGUCUCAUGCCAAUACAAAAUCCACUCCCUCGAAGAGAAAGAAUAUUUCACUACCAGAGACCUACAAUACCCCUGCCAAGAAGUUUGCUGUUGAUUCCAGAUUUUCGGGUAGUGAUAAUAAGGUGAAAGCUAAGGCCAAUACGUCUUACCAGGGUAUGCGGGCAAGCAAAUCUGGCACCCAGAAGAAGGUCCCUGCAAGAGUCAAUGCACCGGCAAAGUCAAAAUCUGGAUCAUCCAUGGAGAAGCCAGUUAAGGGCAAAAGACCAGCAGUGGCUGCUAGAAAGCUAAAAGCACAACGGGCUACUAAUGCUUCAAAACAAGUUGGAAUAAAGCGGAAGCUGGAUAAUCGAACACCUGCCACUGCUGGCCAGAAGAAGAAAGCAAGAAAAUUUAGGUAGAAAACUUGACCAGGGACAUGAAUCUGGCCUUCAGCUUAGUGCAAAGGUACCUCCGUAUGAUUUGGCCAAAAAGAGAAUAUAACAAGAAAAGAGAGAGCCAAGGGGAAAAUGUAACCCAUGCGACUGUAGCUGAAACCAUUUGUUAGUUUUUACCUUGGUCUACACAAUUAACUCCUGAAACUGCAUAUUGGCAUUAAGAAUAAUUUAUUUUAUUUUUCAAUGUAAUGUGACAUGGUUUGUAUCGGGAGAUCAGUGUUGUGUUGGUUUCGUUUAACAUAUAGGAGUUAUGGUAAUUUACAAGCAUGACGGAUUUCUCGGACGAA